AUGACUAUUGAUGUGCCAACGAAUAUACAAGGAGAAUUCCGCUUAUUUUGCCAGAUUGAAAACAGAUUCGCCUGUAGGGUUGAAUAUGAAUCACUUAGGCUGUUAUAUUUAAAACAAGCUGAUAUUGGAGGUCCUACACAAACAAUUAAUGUUGUUCAUCGUGUUCUAAAGUCACCAAAAAAAAUAACUAAUACUAAAGCAUCAACAGCUGUUACAAAUAAAAUUGAUAUGGAUACAAAAUCUAUUCAUCAAAAAAAACAAUAUGAAGAAAAUCAAGAACCAAUUGAAAAUAUUUAA